AUGUCUUUGUUGAGACGCAUUUUUAGCCCUCGCUCCGCCGAGGAGACUCGAGGUGAGGGAAGCGACAACAACGACUCCGUUGGCCUUCCCUCACCACCUGUUCCUCAGGUCAGACGUGAACGUGCUCGCCUUCAACGCAGAUCUGGAGCUACGGCUCCUACUACUUCAACCAAGGAGACAACACCCCGCGGUACUCGCUCUCUUGAACGCAUUCGAAAUUUAAAAGGCCAUGCCACUCGGGCCCUGCGAAUUGCUAGUUCGUCUGUUCGAGGAUCUUCACCCGAAAGCACUGAGCGCCUCUCCACACCACCAGUAAACUCUGCGCAGUUGAAGCGAGAACAAGUGAUUGAGUCUUUCGAGGUGAUUGCUCCUCACGCUAAAGCACUUGGCUCUAUUCCUGCAACGGUGUGUUCCUCGUCGGCUAUAGAAGCCACGAAUACCCCCCUCCAGUUGACUGCUACAGACAAAUCGCCAGAGCUAUCUGCUCCCUCGCCAACUGUACCGGAAUCAUCGUCUUCCCUAAGUCCGCCGAGUACUAUUGUGCAGUUUAAAGCCGAGAAUACUCCUAAUCAUACCAACCCACUGUGCUUCACAGCCCAGUACCACUCGUCUCCGAUUGAGCCUUCAACACUAGCCGUGGAAAGUUUUUCAUCCUCUCCACCCAAUCCACCGAGUAUUACUCCGCAAUUAAAGGGCGAAAGCCCGUCUGCUGCUACCACAGCAGCUGUACUGCAACUCGCAUCUUCUCCUUUCAGCUCAUCUCCAAUUGGAACUCCCACUGCCUCUGCCGCUAAGAAAUACUUGUACUCCAUUCCUCAGUAUCACUCGCCUCCCGUUGAGACUACCACAUCAGCCGUGUCACAAUCCACAUCUUCUCCUCUCAGCUCACCAAUAAGUAUCGCGCAGUCUCAAGGCGUAGAGGCUUCUGCUGCUACUACCACGCCAACCGUGCCGCAAUUCAAAUCUUCUUCCCUCAGCCCACCAAGCAGUAUUGCGCAGUUCCAGGGCGGAAAGAAGUCCGUCCUUCCCAACCCCCAUCACCACCUAUUCUUAGUUGGAGUUCCCACCGCCGCUGAUAUGCCCAAGUCACGCAAGCGGAAGAGCCCAAGCAUCGAUCUUGAGCCCCCUCGCACACCAAAACGCCGAAGUCCUGGCAUCCGGAAACAUGAUCUGAAUAUCUUAAAGGGUUCCGCCCUACCUACUUACCAUUCUGAGCCGCAUACGAAGCGCAAGCGAGACGAAAAGGACGAAGGACUAGUUUGCUCUUACGUUGCCCAAAGCCCCAACGAAGAUUCUACAUCAUCGCAAUCUUCACACUCUCUAUACUCAGAUCAUAGUAUUGAUCAAGACUCUGAGCCUGAUUCAUCCCACAACCGACGCCGCUCUGGGUCGCCCAGUUCUUCACCAUCCCCUUCAAAGCGAGCGAAAAUGAAUCAAAAGCAACGGGUCAAUGGCAAGAAACAUGAGGAAAAUCCGCGUUCUGUCAAGAUUAGAAUCAAAGCCUCUGUAGGAAAAAAGCGUCCAAACACCAAGGGGAAGGAGAAGUCUCACGAUAAUGACGAAAUUUAUGUUGACAUUGGGCAAAGUGAAGAAAGUGACUACCACAUAACAUCAGCCGAACGAAACGAUCUGCUGUAUGAGCUCACACGAGAAAGAGCCAGCCGCAUGGCUGAAGCGGUGAAAAUCCCCCCAGAUUCUGGACUGGGAUCAGUGCAGGUCAAACUGGUUCGCAAGCUAGCCACCCGUGGCUGCAAGCCUGUCAUGUCCCGAUUCUGGGCCAGUGAUUUCACCACCUGGCCUGAAUCACUGUUCACCUCAAUCAGUGAUGGAGAAUCCGACUCUGCAGAUAGAGAUGGUGAAAAUCUCAUGUUCAAAUCACAGAACAUGUCAGAUAACUACGCCAUAAAGGCGCUCCAAGAAUUGUUUGCGGUCAGUGGCCGCGUGCGAGACUGCUCGCUCCUGUCAGUUGAGCCCCAGUUUGUCGUGGGAAAAGCCAUUCGGCAGUACCUGCACUGGGCAAUUGACGAUGCAGGUCUGAAGACCACCGGACAGACCAUCCCGGUGCAUUGCAUCUGCCCCCGGAUACCUGGGGAAGAAAUCUUCGCGACAAUCAUGCGAUGCUCGCGAAAGCUGGAGAGACUAGGAAAGCGCCAUCAAAUGGCGCACCGAGACCGCGAAACAUUCUGGCCGACAAUGAUUGGCUUUGUAAUCGCAGGACCAAUCGUAUGCCUGCUGUCUCUUGAUACCGACCCCAGCUCCGAGGUGUGGUCUACCGAUGACAGCUCCGAUGAAGAGAGCCCGGCGAAGUUUUUGACCCAGUUCGAUCUCUCCGAACGGGAGCAGGACGUUUGGAACUCCCUUGCAGUUGCCAUUUGCGUUAUACAUCUCCGGGAUACGCUUAUCGAGCUCGCCAAAAGCUACCCUGCGAGCCGGGCUGUUCCCAUAAUCCGGGGACUUGGGGAUGAGACCGACGACGAGGAUAUAUGA